CAUCUUUGUUGGCGUUGAGUUCGUAGUUACUUUUGUCUUGACGAUUGGGUUCUUGCUAAUGCAAUUGAAUGCUGUCUUCACAUUUCAACCAUGUGGUGACCACUGGACCAAGAGUAACUGUUUUCUUGCAAUCUUCAAAUUAUUUAUUGCUUUGUCACAUUGAACAAGCCUACUAGGUAAUAGUGGAAGUCUAAAUAUUGAUCGUUGGAUUAUCAUUGAUCAACUAUAUGUAUAUAUUGUUCAUGUUCUGUUGUUCCAAACAUCAUUAUGAAGAACUUUUAAUCAAUAUUACAUUUUGGAUUGAAAUAUAUUGGCAUUCUUAUAUGUUUAUAGAAUUGAAAAAUAAGUUGGGUUAUAAACAAUUUUCAUUAUAUAUCUUCGCAAUCAAAUUCAUCAAUUACAAAAUGUUGUAUUUAGAAGAUUAUCUAGAAAUGAUCGAACAUUUACCACAAGAACUCCGCGACAGAUUUACAGAAAUGAGAGAAAUGGAUCUCCAAGUACAAAAUGCAAUGGACAGUUUAGAUGAAAGAGUAAAACAGUUUUUUGCAAAUGCCAAAAAAUUAAAACCAGAACAAAGAGAAGUAGAAUAUGAAAAACUUAGACAGGAUUAUUACAAAGCUUUAGAAGAUGCUGAUGAAAAAGUACAAAUUGCAAACCAAAUUUAUGAUUUGGUCGAUCGUUACUUAAGACGUUUAGAUCAAGAACUACAGAAAUUUAAAAUGGAAUUAGAAGCUGAUAAUGUAGGAAUUACAGAAAUUUUAGAAAGGAGAUCAUUAGAAUUAGAUAAUCCAUCUCAGUCUAGUAAUAAUGUUAAAGGGGAAAAGCGUAAAUAUUCAUAUCAACUUGGUGAAAGUAACAGACAUCAACCAGAAAAAAGAACUGUUAAUUCUAGAGAAUCUAAUGAUAAAGUUCUGUCGUCUCUAGCGAUGGAAGCCAUGCGUGAAACUAUAACAAACAGUAGAAAUAGUAGUGUGGGUUCUUGUAAUCAUUCCUCCUCCUCAUCAACAUCUUCAACAAGCAGUAACAGUUCGGCAGGAAGUUCUAUUUCAGAAAGAGGAAUACUCUUACCUCAGCCUGCACUUAGUUACGGCUUAGGAAGUAAUGCAAUUGCAGCCGCAGCUUCUCAAGCAAUAGCUGCCACUCAACAGAUGCAACAGGGCCGUCGUACUGCAAGUCUCAAAGCUAGCUACGAAGCCAUUAAUUCGGGACUACAAACGAUAAGCAGAGAAUUUACCCUCGGUAGUCGAGACAUCGGAUCUCUCACACCGACCAUGUCUGGCUCAAUACCCGAAAGAAAAACAAAAUCAAAAAAAAUGACAAGUACUAGUCAGUCGCAAGCCAUUGAACUCGUUCCGCCACCACCCUGUGAAGAUUCUGGAGAUUCUUCGCUCGUAGACGAAAAUGGACAACCAUUAGAUUGGUCUUACGAUCCAAACGAACCACGUUACUGUAUAUGCAACCAAGUCUCUUAUGGUGACAUGGUAGCAUGCGAUAACGAAGACUGCCCAGUGGAAUGGUUCCACUAUGCUUGCGUAGGCAUUACUCAACCUCCUAAAGGAAAGUGGUACUGUCCUCAGUGCACAUCUGCAAUGAAACGUAGAGGACGUAAAGAGAAAUGAAUAUUCCUAGCACGUAACAUUUGAUCACGUUCAAGAUACAAAAGUGAUUUUUCACAGACUAAACUACUUAAUGCAUUUGUGAGUCAAUUAGGAAUAUAAUGAUAGUCAUUCACGUUCAAGGACAUUUUUCUUUACCGAAGACCACUUGAAAACUAAUUAUAAACUGAUGUGAAUACUGUAUAUUUAAGAAUCUGUGAUAAAAUAUGCCAGACACAUCUGGUGAUGAUUUUCAUUUCAAGAACUUUCUUCUCAAUAUAGUGGUACAAUUUUUUUGUACAUGUAAAUAAACUGGAAAUAAAGAUUUUAUACAUUUGUUUGAAAGUUCCAAAAAAAAGAAAAGAAAAAAGAAAUAUGAAUCAUUUAAAUGCCAUAUAUUUUUUGAAAUAAA